GUAUCGCAAUCGUACUGCAAAUCCAAGCAGAUCUGUCCGCAGAUAUCGUUUUGUUUCGAGAACGACGCAAUGCGAUACCAGCGAUCCUCACCCGAAUGCUUCACAAUAUCACGUUUCCGAAUCGACACUCGUCCGAUCGGUCGUGGAAUCGGUCGCGCAUUCUUCUCGAAGAUUGUGAAGUGCAAUUGUGAGAAGUUACACGAUAUCUCGUGCACAAAAUCAUCACCAAUAGAGCAGCUGAAAUGA